AUGGGGGGCAGCGGCAACGGAUACCCCCGCGAUGACGACAUUGGUGGCUGGGUUGCCGCGCCGACUAAGCGCGGCGGCAGGGGUGGCGGGAGAGGCGCUGGCCGCGGCGGCGGCGGCGGCAGCGGCGGCGGUGGCAGGCGCGGUCGCGGCAGUGGCCCCGUGGUUGAGGGCUUUUCCGGCGGUGAUUCCGGUCAUGGUAGUGAACGGGUGGAAGCGGAGUACGGCAGGGGCCCGGCCGGGCGCGGUGCCAGAUCCGGCGGCGGCAAGGUUGGCGUGUACGGCAACCGCCUGACGUCACAUCCGCCGGACAGUUUCCCGCGCACCUCUAACGCCGAGGCAGCUCCGGGCAGUGAGGGGUGUAGCGGCGGCACCCGGGGGCCAUCACAUCCCGGCGGCAGCGGCGGUGGCGGCCCGGCGCAGCAAGCUGACCGCCGUACUAGCAACGCCGCCGUACGGAGCCCUUCAGUGCCUGCACCUGCGCCUGCGCCUGCGCCUGCGGCUAACAUCAUGGUGCCGCCAACAUCAGAGCCCUGCCUGGAGGACAAGGACCACUGCACGCUGUGUCCUGGAUGCUUCUUCUCCUUCUGUGCUCUGUGUGAAGAGCCCUGGCACCCGGGAAGCGCCUGUCUGGAUGCGGAGGCCCGGUUGGCCCUUCUGGAGGAGCGCAGGGCGGCCGGGGGGGGCGCCGGGGGUGGGGGAGGGGGGAUCAGCGCCAUGGAGCGAGCGAGGAGGGAGAUGAACCGCCGUAAUGAACUGAAGAGCCUGGCGGUGCUGGCGAGCACCACCAAGCAGUGCCCCAGUUGCUCCAUGGGUGUGGAGAAGAGCGAGGGUUGCAACAAGAUGACUUGCAGCUACUGCGGAGCGUACUUCUGCAGGCGCUGCAAUCAGAUCAUUCGCGGCUACGACCACUUCCAGCAGCCGCUGGACGGCGGCGAGGGGGCCUGUGUGCUGUUCGAGCAGCAAGAGAUUGACCGGUGGAAUGCGAGAUGGGGAGCUGGCCCCCGAGUCGCUCAGGUCGAGCAACGUGGCGCGAUGGUCGGGUGGCUGCAACAGAACGUCGGACAGGUAGCAGUUGCAAUUGCCUUCCCUUUUUCUCUGUACUGUACCCUUCCCCAUCUCCACCUGCUGCUUCUCCCUUCCCUCCACUCCCUCCCUUCCCUCCACUCCCUCCCUUCCCUCCACUCCCUCCCUUCCCUCCACUCCACCCCGCCCCGCCGCAAUGGCCGCCCAGCGCAACGUCAAGGAGGGCGGCAACAACGACAUCCGCUGCUGGUCCUGUAA